AUGGACCGCAGUGGAAAGGCUUCGAGGCAUGGCCACUCCCGUAGAAAGCCGAAGGUCCACGGGAGUGAUCACCAUCGCAUGCUUAACUUUAAGCAGUUCAUUAUGAUGAGGGAAGAUGAAAUAUCGCCCGAGGAAGCCGCCGAGGAGUACCGCAAGUAUUUCCAAGAGUUCCUGUCGAAUGAGAUCCGCCGCUAUUAUGACAUGUACGAGCACCUCGCUUUUUUCCGGGAAAAGUUCCAUCCCUACUAUUUGCAUAUCGACCAUGAAAUUACUAAAGUGGACGUUGUGAACAGCAACCGAGACUUCGUACUGAAAUACACCAAUGGGCACUUCGAGGAGCUUUUGCUCGAGAUAAGCUUCAAGCGUUUGUACGGCGGUUCAUCGUCCGACGUUAACAGUGCCCCGAGCGAGGCACCUUACAAGUAUUCGGAAUGGGCCUACGAGAUCCCCGUUGAGUAUCCCAAGGAUGACACGCACACCAAGAGGCUGCCUAUAGAUUCCCCUCUGCUGUCUGUGCUUCUGGUUGACGUUCCGGACAAGGUUUUUAAGCACGAGAUCCAGAACGCUCUGAAGCCUCAUCUGGAACGUUUUUCCAUAUACAUGGCGGAACGUGACUUGGUUCGUACGGCGUUUAUUAGCGUGGAUGAAUGCGACCUGACUAAGUUGAGCGAGACGCUGAAUGGGAACCGUUUGACCGUUCAGGAAUUCCUGCUACGUUUUGAGCCAUGCAAUCCGCUACAAGAGCGUGUUCGCGUGCGUGUAUGCCCGCCUGUUUGUUCACACCCAAUUAUUGUUGCCCGGGACGUUGAGAUUACUGGUCGUAUAAUUCGCAAGCUGGAUGCCGACUUUUGCGAUUCUGGAACCUCCUUUGUAGAUAUGCUGCCAGCUGAUAUUGACAUUAAGAAGUUGGUAAACAUUAAAGCCAAGAGUUACAUUGAUUUAUGGGAUUUGUGCGGUCCCGGACACGUCCGUGUCGACCUCAGUAGCGCGUUGUACGAGAAGGAGACGGGACUUACCACCAACCACGUCGCUGUAAAAUAUGCAUCAUGGGAGACCGCUAAGAAGGGCAGAGCGUUGAUGGAGGGCCCCAUUCGUGAUUGGGAGAAGGAACUCACGGCUUCCUGCGAUGUGUCGACUCAUCAGCUUCAGUGGCUGCGUGACGUUGAAUCUUUUGCGGAGCACCUGCUGAGCUGCGAUUUGAAUCCUCCGGCAUAUGUGCGGGAUGAUGAUGAAAUAGAGGACAAGUGGAAACAGUUUUGCAACAUCAAUACUUUGGUUGAUGGUCCGGAGCGCUUCCGUUGCAAUUUAUGCCACAAGCUUUUCAACGACGCGAAGUUCGUGUGGAAGCACCUUAAGUUGAAACAUGUAGACUGUUAUGACAAGAUAGUGAUAGAGUGCGGUUUGCCGCAAAUGAAGGAGAUUUUCACGGGAUCCCACAAGGCGGCGCGAUGCAACCCUUUUGAGCGGCUCCUUAGCGUUCCUGUGGUACAGCCGCUUUACGACGACGUGGAUGCACCCUCUUUUGAGCGAAACGGCCUGUCUGACUCUCGUAACAGCACGAGAUUGGAGGCCAACAAUAAGCGUCGUCGUCGGGAAUACUUUGACUUCGACCGCCCUCAGCCCAAGCGCGUACGUUUUUCAUUGAUUGAUUUGUCAUUGGUUGCAGGAGCACACUAUGUUUUUCGCGCAAGACGAUUAUUCGCGCCCGUCAGUGAAGUAUGA